GCAGAUGUUUCUCUAAUACGCAGUUAAAUCACCAACAGAAACACAAACUACAUAAUUCGGACCGAAAAUACAAAUGACAAGAUAUUAAAUAAAAUGUCCCACCCUUCCGGAUAACCUGGAUGCAUGGUCUCAGCUUCUACAGGACCGUCAGAGCACUCUGUGGAAGUUUUCAUCUGUUGAAAAACCAACUCACACCUUCAUCCCUCCAGCGCUUUCGACCUCGAAUCAACACUUUGCUCCUAGCCUCUUCAAGACAGUUCGGUUUCUCAUCCCCGUCUUUUCUCGGCACGUCUCGGGCCGCGCUGCAGGACGACAGGUCGGUCAUGGCGGAGCAGAGGUACUGCGUGGAAUACGCCAAGCGAGGCAUGGCGGGUUGCAAGAAAUGCAAAGACAAGAUCAUGAAGGGGCUGGUGCGCAUCGGCAAGGUCGUGCCCAACCCGUUCAGCGAGUCGGCCGGCGAGAUGAAGGAGUGGUAUCACGUCAAGUGCAUCUUCGAGAAGCUGGAGCGGGCGCGAGCGACCACCAAGAAGAUCGAAGAUAUCACUGAUCUGGAGGGAUGGGAGGAACUGCAGGAUGAGGAUAAAGAUCUGAUCAAUAAGCAUGUUACAGACAUGGCAGCGAAGGCGAACGCAACUCCAAAAAAGAAGACGCAGGCCAAACUAAACACCAGCGGGCAGUUAACCUCACCUCCGGCUGACCCCACAGUGAAUGCCCCACGCAAGUUUUCUGGCUUCACAGCCACAAAGGCAGGUUCAUCAUCGUCAAGUCCCGGCCCGUCUCCCGCUAAAGCUGCCCAGCACAGUGCUCUGUCCGCUCAGUUCUGCCAGCCCGACCACAAGGACUGCCUCUUCCGCGAGUUUCGCAAGCUGUGUGCCAUGGUGGCUGAAAAAUCCAGCUACAACGCGAAGACCGAGAUCAUCAGGGACUUCAUAAGGAAGGGUACUGGUGGAGAUAAGUUCAGAGGAGACCUGUACCUGACAGUAAAGCUGCUGCUCCCAGGUGUAGUGAAGAGCGUCUACAACCUGAACGACAAGCAGAUCGUCAAGCUCUUCAGCCGCAUCCUGAAUUGCAACCAGGAAGAAAUGGUGCGCGACCUGGAACAGGGAGACGUUUCUGAGACGGUGAGGGUGUUUUUCGAUGACAGCAAGUCGUUCGCCCCGUCAACCAAGAGUCUCCUGACCAUUCAGGAGGUUGACGCCUCGUUGACCCGGCUGGCGCAGCUCACCAAGGAGGACGAGCAGCAGGCAGAGCUACAGGACAUCGCCAAAAAAUGCACUGGGAAUGACUUGAAGUGCUACAUCCGACUGGUCAAACAUGAUCUUAAAAUUAACUCCGGUGCUAAACAUGUCCUGGAUGCUUUAGACCCCAACGCCUACGACGCCUUCAAAGCGUCUCGAAACCUGGGCGACGUGAUCGACAGGGUUCUCCGUAAUCACCAGGACGCGUCAAACGGCGGCGGCCCAAGAAAGCUGUUGAGUGUGGAGGCCACGCUCAUGACCCCCGUACAGCCCAUGCUGGCAGAAGCGUGUAAGUCUGUCGAGUACGCCAUGAAGAAAUGCCCGAACGGAAUGUACUCGGAGAUCAAGUACGACGGCGAGCGAGUGCAGGUUCACAAGAACGGAGAUCACUUCAGCUACUUCAGCCGAAGUCUAAAACCCGUCCUGCCUCACAAGGUGGCCCAUUUUAAGGAGUUCAUACCUCAAGCGUUUGCUGGCGGCCACAGCAUGAUUCUGGACGCCGAAGUUCUUCUGAUCGACACCAAGACCAGCAAACCUCUGCCUUUUGGGACGUUAGGCGUUCACAAGAAAGCAGCCUUCCAAGAUGCACAGGUCGGCCUGUUUGUAUUUGACUGCAUAUACUUUAAUGGCGUCAGUCUCAUGGACAAGCCCUUGUGUGAAAGAAGAAAAUUCCUUCAUGACAACAUGGUGGAGGUUCCUAACAGGAUUCUGUUCUCCGAAAUGAAACACGUCACAAGAGCAGCUGAUCUGGCUGAAAUGAUCACGCGGGUCAUCCGAGAGGGACUGGAGGGACUCGUCCUGAAAGACAUCAAGGGGCUGUACGAGCCUGGUAAACGGCACUGGCUGAAGGUAAAGAAGGACUACCUGAACGAAGGAGCCAUGGCUGACACCGCAGACCUGGUGGUCUUGGGGGCGUUUUACGGCUCUGGCUCUAAAGGUGGAAUCAUGUCCAGUUUUCUGAUGGGCUGCUACGACCCCGCUACGAAGAAGUGGUGCACGGUGACGAAAUGCUCCGGCGGUUACGACGACGCCACUCUGGCCAGACUGCAGAAGGAGCUGGACGUCAUUAAAAUCGGCAAAGAUCCCAGCAAGAUUCCAUCCUGGCUGAAAAUCGUCAAGAACUACUAUCCGGAUUUUCUUAUCCGGGAUCCAGAGAAAGCCCCGGUCUGGGAGAUCACGGGGGCGGAGUUUUCCAAGUCGGAAAUGCACACGGCCGACGGCAUCUCUAUCCGGUUUCCCCGAUGCACCCGCAUGCGCGAUGACAAGGACUGGAAGACGGCCACCAACCUGCCCCAGCUCAAGGAGCUCUACCGCGUCUCGAAGGAGCGCUGCGACUUUGAGGUGACAGCAGGGCCGUCGACAGGCAGCAAAGACGACAAGGGUUCAUCGGAAGGGGGCAGCGGAGGCAGCUCUCCCUCCACAUCCAACGGAGCGACCAGCACAAACAAGCCCAAAAACGUUCAGACGCAGAAGCCGAUAAAGUCUGAAACGAAGUCUCCUGUUAAGAGAAAACCGCCCACCGAGCAGCACGAAGCAAAGAAGAUGAAGACCGAGACGGUCCAUAGCAACGGACAAAACAAACCGAAAGCUGCUCCUGCGAAGACGGCAAACCCACAGUCUGAGAAGACCCUGCUGGACAUCUUCACCGGCGUGAAGCUCUACCUCCCUGCAUCCGAGCGGGAUUUCAACAAGCUGCGUCGCUACUUUCUGGCGUACGAUGGCGAUCUGGUACCCGACUACGACAUCGCCUCGGCCACGCACGCGCUGGUGGAGCCGGGGGACGACAGCCAGGCUCAGAGGGUCACCUCGAACUGGAUUUGGGAGUGCAUUCGCAAAAGGAGGGUGGUUCCCCCCUGCUAAAGCUGCAAAACUGACUCGGAGGCCUGUCUUCCAAAAUAAAAAAGUGCUUUUUUGUUUUCCUUCUUUUUAAAUCUUCAGCCAACUAAACACAGCCUACACUAAAUGAUCUCUGCGUUCUGGACUUUAUGGUUUAUGAACCUCUGUACUUUUAUAUACUGAUUUCACAGUGAUUUAGAAAAGGUUUGUCUGCAGCAGCAAUGAUGGAUGUGUUCCACCAAGGAUGUGCAUGUUUCCUUUAACACUAGUUAUCUAUUAUGUUAGCAACCGCUGCCGAGGUACGGGUUCAAAUCUUAGACGAUGUCUAGUAAGGGAGGGGGGUUGGGGGUGGCCGAAACCCGCUCACGAAUGGUAGAAACAAGAUCCGCUGCAACCCUGACCAGGAUAAAGCAGUUGAUUAUUGUUAAGCUGAUUUAGCCACCCAAUCAUGUUUCCUGAUUUGUCAUUGUCAAUAUUAACAGUAUGCAGAGGUUCAGUCUUUUACACAACUUAACAUUUAAACAGACUGUUUUAUACACUAUUUAACAACAAACUUUAUUUAGAGCAACAGCGACCAAAAGCCUGGUUCAGACUGCACAGGUUGAGAUCCCGGACGGAGCGUCUUCACUUUUGGUGAUUGUGACAGUGUGUUCCAGUGCAUAAAGCUUUCGAUUGUUUUUUCUUUUCUAUUUUAUUAUGUACACAAGUACAGUUGGGAAAAUUGCGCAAUUAAGUGGCAAAAACAUGAAGAAUCUGAACAUGAAGCAAUAAAAAUCUGAUUCCGCCUUGAACAUGAAA